AUGUAUAUCAUACAAAUAGUCUUUUUCAUUUUAUUUACUAUAUCAACAGAUAGUAUUAAUAAUAGCUUAUUAUCUAAUGAUGUUCAUCCAUGUUUAUCUCGAUCUAUGGAACAAAUUUUUCUUGAAUAUGAACAAGAAAAAUUUGAUUGUUCAUCACUUUCAUCACAAAUCCAAACAACACUUGCUAUUCAUUUUACAUUUUGUCAUUUAAAUUCAACUGGUAUUAAUCCUAAAACAAUAUGUUCUUUAACAUCAUUUGAUAGAAAUAUAAAUGAAUGUUUGAAAAAUAUAACGAAAAAUUCAUUUGCUUAUUUAACUUAUACAAAUUUUAUUCCACAUAUACAAAGUAUUUGUUAUGCAAUUGAAACACAACAAUGGCAUAAUCAUGUACGAAAUACUGUUUUACAAAUAAAUAUACAUUCAAAUCAAAUUGAAACUGAAACAAAACAAUUAUUAAUUGAACAAGAAACAAUGCAAGCUAGUCUUGAUCAAGCACUUAUAAUAAAUCAACAUUCUAUUGAUGAUGCACUUAAUGUUGAUCGAUAUCUUCAGGUAGCUCAAACAGAUGUAGAUGAAUUACAAGGACAUUUGUAUGUUAAAGAUAAAGCACAAAUUGAACUUAUACAACAAAUAUUAGAAAUACUUUUUAAUAUUCAAACAUCAUUGUUUACGGAUGCAUUUGGUUUAAGUUCAUAUUUUUUCUAUGCAAUAUCACUUAUUGGUAUUCAUAUAUUGACAAUACCUGAACGAACAAGUGAUUCAAAAUUUUGGUUAAUACUUUUAUGGCUAUGUUUGAUUGGUAUAGAACGUUAUAUACUUAUUUUUUCUUCAUAUUCUCAAAUAAUUCUUUAUGAUGUAUUAUGGCGUUUUCGUCAAUUAUGGCUUUUUGUCUCUUGUAUAACAUUGACUUAUCAUGCUGUGCGAUAUAGAAAUUAUUAUAAAGAAAAUCAAAAAUUAAUUGAUGAGAUUAAUCGUAAACAUAAAAAACUUGAAAUAGCUGCUAGAAAAUGCUUAAAUGUUAUCAAUCAAUUGGAUAUGAUUAAUGAUUCUAUUUCUGAUGAUACAAUAAGUUGUUCAUCUGAAAACAAUGAUACGUCUACAUCAAGUUCUUUAACUGAUGAUGAAGAAAGAUAA